CAACAAGCUGGGUGCGACCUGAUAACACAGUAUACCCUCUGAAGCAAUGUGUUGUUCGUGGAAGAUGAGUUUUCUCAUCUUAACUUUCUUAGCGCUUUCCUGUCUCAAUGACCGGUUUCCGUUCGCUCGAGCUCUUGCCGGUCCAAAUCCUAGCCCCCAAGUGGUUCCUCGGCGUCCAACUCCCACUACACCGCCUCCAUCCCGUUCGACCCCAGUUACUCCGCCUCUAGCUGAAUAUUACUUCACCGUGAAGGAGGCAAAUUUUACCAAAUUUUGCGUUGCUUCUUUCCCUUCCCUGUAUACUUCUCAUGCCCAAUAAAAAUUCUCCGUAUUUUUAAACAUUUGUGGAUGAACUGGAUGCAGGUGAAGGAGGCAAAUUUUACCAAAUUUUGUGAAACCAGGGCCAUUCUGACCAUAAACGGCAGCUAUCCUGGACCAGAGAUUCGGGUUCAGAGGGGACAGAGAGUGCGUGUUCAUGUCCUAAAUAA